AUGUUACUGCUACAUCAUAUAAGCUAUUCUUAUAAAGCGUGGCCACAAAACACAGACGAUAUUUCUGGGGAAAGGACCAGGCAGUGUGUGGUCAUGAAGUGGGCCACAGCUCGACAGGUCACUGGGCUUCUUGCUGCAGUGCUGUUGCUGUUGGCAGAGCAGUGCUGGGCAGACGGUGGUGGCCCAAGUCUCACAGAACGGGUCAUUUGGGCCGUAAACUCUGGUGGGGAGGCCCAUGUGGAUGUGCAUGGCAUCCAUUUCAAGAAGGACCCAUUAGAAGGAAAGGUUGGUAAAGCAUCUGAUUAUGGGGUGCGUCUUCCAAUCCUCCGGUCUAGUCCUGAAGACCAGAUUUUGUACCAAACCGAACGCUACAAUGAGGACACAUUUGGAUACGAGGUGCCCAUUCGAGAUGAAGGAGAAUAUAUAUUAGUUCUGAAGUUUGCAGAGGUUUACUUCGCGCAGUCACAACAAAAGGUCUUUGAUGUCCGUCUGAACGGCCACAUAGUCGUAAAAGACAUGGAUAUAUUUGAUCGCGUAGGCCACAGCACGGCUCAUGACGAAAUAGUUCCCUUUUCUAUACGACGAGGAAAGCUCAGCGUCAAAGGAGAGGUGUCCACUUUCAACGGAAAACUCACUGUGGAGUUUGUCAAGGGAUAUUUUGACAACCCAAAGGUCUGUGCUCUCUAUGUUAUGAAAGGAACACUAGAUGACGUACCAAAACUUCAACCUCAUCCAGGUCUGGAAAAACCAGAGGAGGAAGAAGAGGAAGAGGAGGAAACGGAAGGAGGUGAGGAAGGGGGUAAGAAGAAGCUCACCCCGGGCUCAAAGACCAGGGUUCAGUCUGGGCCGCGAACACCAAACCCUUACGCGGCAGACAACAGCAGCCUAAUGUUUCCAAUCCUGGUGGCCUUUGGGGUUUUCAUACCCACAUUGUUUUGCCUAUGUCGACUGUAA